AUGGGAAACACUGAAAUCAAGUCUGAGAACAUAGAACUUAAAGCCGAGAACGUAAAAUUAAAACAAGCCUUGGGAGAACAUGAAUCCAGAUUUAUAAAACUGGAUCAGAACGAUAAAGAUACCGCUUCGGAAAACGCCGAACUUAAAGCUAGGGUUGUGAAAUUGAAACAGAAACAGUUACAAACUGACGAAGAAAAGAGCAACCAUAUUAUAUUACGAAGUAAUGGCCGUGCCAGUUCCGCUGAUGCUCCCGAGUAUCAUCACAAUACAGCCCCUUUGGGUCUGAUUUCCCUGGUAUCAUCAUCCGAUUUAGAUGCGGAAGCAUCAGCGGAGCUGGCACGGCCAUUACUUCGUAAUAUAAUAUGGUUGCUCUUUUCUUCACUUGAUCUCGGUGUUUUCCGUCUAAGUAUAUCAUUCUUAGCUACAAGCUUAGAAAUUCGUUCUUCUAAUAAAUCAACUUCGGAUU